AUAUUGUUGCUAACUUGUCAACUGCUACAAUUGUCUUUUUUUGUUUGAAGAUGUCAAAAUCACAUCUCCAUGGUGAUGAUGAUGGCCAGUCAACAGAAAAACCAGCUUUUCUUUCGUUUCUCACGGGGAAGUGGAUGGAUAUUCCAGAAGCUAAUCAGUUUGGAAAAUGUAGACCUGUGCAAGAGUUCCAAAAAGAAACCAGGAUAGGCGAGGGUACAUAUGGAGUUGUUUAUAAAGCUAAGGAUACAAGAAAUGGUACAACUGUUGCUUUGAAAAGAGUAAAACUACAUCACGAAAAAAGUGGUAUACCGAUCAGUUCAUUAAGAGAGAUCAACAUUUUGCUCAAUCUGCGGCAUGACAAUGUUGUACAGUUGAAGGAGAUAGUUGUGGGUAAAAGUCUUGACAGAAUAUUUCUCGUGAUGGAAUAUUGUGAACAGGACCUGGCUUCAUUAAUUGAUAAUAUGCCGUCUCCGUUCUCAGAGGCACAGGUUAAGUGCAUAAUGCAGCAGUUAUUUCGAGGUAUCAGGUUUUUACAUGAAAACUUUAUAAUUCAUAGAGAUUUAAAGGUAUCAAAUUUACUCAUGACAGAUAAAGGCUCUUUAAAGAUUGCUGAUUUUGGUUUAGCAAGGAAGUAUGAGUUACCAAAUAAGGCAAUGACUCCAAUAGUUGUAACACUAUGGUACAGAGCACCAGAAUUGUUGUUAGGUUCUAAAAAACAAACUACUGGUAUAGAUAUGUGGUCAGCCGGAUGUAUUCUUGGAGAACUUUUGGCCCACAAACCUUUGUUGCCGGGCAACUCAGAGAUACAUCAAAUAGAUCUGAUCGUAGAAAUGUUCGGUACACCAAAUGACACUAUAUGGCCAGGAUUCUCGGAUCUACCGGCUCUUAAACAAUUCACUUUGAAAAAACAACCUUAUAAUAAUCUCCGGCACAAGUUUUCAUGGUUAUCAGAUGCUGGAAUUCGUCUUCUGAAUUUUCUCUUUAUGUACGAUCCGAACAAGAGAGCCACAGCUGAGGACUGUCUGGACAGUUCCUACUUCAAGGAACAACCAUUACCUUGUGACCCAGAACUUAUGCCAUCAUUCCCUCAACACAGAUUAACACGACAGAAGAGAGGGUCUCCUCAGAAAGAAGAAGGGAAAGGGAAAACUUCUUCAGGACCAUAUCAAGACUUCAGUAACUUUGAGCCAACUUCUGCGAAGAAGCAACGGUUAACUUGAUGAAGUGUAAUGAAAUUCAUUAAAGAUUGGAAAUGGCGUACAUAAUAUUUGCAGUUGUUUUAAGUGAAGCUAACAACUGAAGAGAUGAUUUUGAAAUGCUUAUAAAAAAAUUAGGAGCCGGUCCUAGUUUGGCAAAUUGCCAAUUUUGGUUGCAGAGGACAAAACUUUUGGUUGCCGAGGACGAAACUUGACAUGUGAUGGGUAGGAAUGCAAGCCAUGAUGUGAUGAUGAUUUGCCAACUCCCUUUCAACCUGCAAGGAUUUUAUACUUAAUUCUGUUAAAAAAUUUGUUUUUUGAUCAUGAAAUACCUUAAACUGACAAUAGACUGUUCCAUUUUCACUGUAGGACAAUGCCAUUACAGAAAUUAAGGUGUGAUUGAGAAAUAUAUUUAAGUUAUUAUACAAAGAUAAGUCACUUGUGCAAAAAUAACUCUCAGCAUGGUAUAAACAAGGAUCUCGUGUAACAGUUACAUUGGGGUAAACCAAUUUGAGAAUGUCUGUAUUAGCGCUACGUAAAAAAUUGUAAAAUAAUGUUGCAUUGAAAUGUUUAAUAUGUUGUGAAUUCACAAAAUUUUGUGGGCAUGAAAUUUCGUGGUUUUUUGUCACAAAGAAUGUUUUCAUGGGUUCUUAAAUUUGUGGUGUGUUUAUUUUUCCAAAAGGUAAAAAUGUAAAUAAUUUGAUGUAAAAUAAUCUUACAGCAGACGAAAUAAAAUUGUGAAUUGACCAAACCACAAAAACCACGAAAAAUUAUUUUCCUACGAAAAAUUAAGAUUUUGCUGUAUAGUUUAUGAACAUGAACAAAAUGGCAAUCUUAUACACAUAAUUGACUUCAUGUAACAUAAAAUUUUUAUUGAAAGUUCAAUAUGCAGUAAUGCAAAUAAUAUAUGUAUUUUAUAUGCUAGCGCAUGAUUUUUUAAAAACAAAAUGUUUGUUUUUAUCAUAUUUUGUGUUAAGAAAUGUUUAUUUGAUUAAAGAUGAUAUUUCUUA